GGCGCGUCCUUCCGGCAGGGGGCGCCGGGGCCCCGCGCGUCGCCCUCCCGCGCUGCCCGGGGGCCGCCGUGGGCCGCGGUCGGAUCGCAGCAGCCGUUGGCGCCAUUUUGAAGCCGGGGAGGAGGGGGGAGGAGCAGAGCGAGCGAGGACGAGCGAGAACGAGCGAGCGAGCGAGAGAGGGAGCGAGAGCGAGAGACAGCGAGCCCGGAGCGCGCCCCGAGGGCGAGCGGCCGGCCAUGGCGCACUCGAAGGCGCGGCCGAGCGACGGCAGGAUCACCUACCCGCCGGGCGUCAAGGAGAUCUCGGACAAGAUCUCCAAGGAGGAGAUGGUCCGCAGGCUCAAGAUGGUGGUGAAGACGUUCAUGGACAUGGACCAGGACUCGGAGGAGGAGAAGCAGCUGUACCUGCACCUGGCGCUGCACCUGGCCUCUGACUUCUUCCUCAAGCACCCGGACAAGGACGUGCGGCUGCUGGUGGCCUGCUGCCUGGCCGACAUCUUCCGCAUCUACGCGCCCGAGGCGCCCUACACGUCCCCGGACAAGCUCAAGGACAUCUUCAUGUUCAUCACCAGGCAGCUGAAGGGCCUGGAGGACACCAAGAGCCCGCAGUUCAAUAGGUAUUUCUAUUUGCUUGAGAACAUCGCCUGGGUCAAGUCCUACAACAUCUGCUUCGAGCUGGAGGACAGCAACGAGAUCUUCACCCAGCUCUACCGGACGCUGUUCUCGGUGAUCAACAACGGCCACAACCAGAAGGUGCACAUGCACAUGGUGGACCUCAUGAGCUCCAUCGUCUGCGAGGGCGACUCGGUGUCGCAGGAGCUCCUGGACACCGUCCUCGUCAACCUGGUGCCCGCCCACAAGAACCUGAACAAGCAGGCGUACGACCUGGCCAAGGCCCUGCUCAAGAGGACGGCGCAGGCCAUCGAGCCCUACAUCACCAACUUCUUCAACCAGGUCCUGAUGCUGGGCAAGACGUCCAUCAGCGACCUGUCGGAGCACGUGUUCGACCUCAUCCUGGAGCUCUACAACAUCGACAGCCACCUGCUGCUCUCCGUGCUCCCCCAGCUCGAGUUCAAGCUCAAGAGCAACGACAACGAGGAGCGGCUGCAGGUGGUGAAGCUCCUGGCCAAGAUGUUCGGGGCCAAAGACUCGGAGCUGGCGGCGCAGAACAAGCCGCUGUGGCAGUGCUACCUCGGCAGGUUCAACGACAUCCACGUGCCCAUCCGGCUCGAGUGCGUCAAGUUCGCCAGCCACUGCCUCAUGAACCACCCCGACCUGGCCAAGGACCUCACGGAGUACCUGAAGGUGCGCUCGCACGACCCCGAGGAGGCGAUCCGGCACGACGUGAUUGUGUCGAUCGUGACGGCGGCGCGCAAGGACCUGCUGCUGGUCACCGACCCGCUGCUCAACUUCGUGCGCGAGCGCACGCUCGACAAGCGGUGGCGCGUGCGCAAGGAGGCCAUGAUGGGGCUGGCGCAGAUCUACCGGAAGUACGCGCUGCAGGCGGCCGCCGGCAAGGACGCCGCCCGCCACAUCGCCUGGGUCAAGGACAAGCUGCUGCACAUCUACUACCAGAACAGCAUCGACGACCGGCUGCUGGUGGAGCGCAUCUUCGCACAGUACAUGGUGCCCCACAACCUGGAGACGGCGGAGCGCAUGAAGAGCCUCUACUACCUCUACGCCACGCUCGACCCCAACGCCGUCAAAGCGCUGAACGAGAUGUGGAAAUGCCAGAACCUGCUCCGCCACCAGGUGAAGGACCUGCUGGACCUGAUCAAGCAGCCCAAGACGGACGCCAGCGUCAAGGCCAUCUUCUCCAAGGUGAUGGUGAUCACAAGAAACCUGCCGGACCCCGGGAAGGCGCAGGACUUCAUGAAGAAAUUCACCCAAGUGCUGGAGGACGACGAGAAGAUCCGCAGGCAGCUGGAGGUCCUCGUCAGCCCCACGUGCUCCUGCAAGCAGGCCGAGGGCUGCGUGCGCGAGAUCACCAAGAAGCUGGGGAACCCCAAGCAGCCGACCAACCCCUUCCUGGAGAUGAUCAAGUUCCUGCUCGAGCGGAUCGCGCCCGUGCACAUCGACGCCGAGUCCAUCAGCGCCCUCAUCAAGCAGGUGAACAAGUCCAUCGACGGCACCGCGGACGACGAGGACGAGGGCGUCCCCACAGAGCAGGCCAUCCGCGCCGGCCUCGAGCUGCUCAAGGUGCUGUCCUUCACGCACCCCAUCUCGUUCCACUCGGCCGAGACGUUCGAGUCGCUGCUCGCCUGCCUCAAGAUGGACGACGAGAAGGUGGCGGAGGCCGCGCUGCAGAUCUUCAAGAACACGGGCGGCCGCAUCGAGGAGGACUUCCCGCACAUCCGCUCGGCGCUGCUGCCCGUGCUGCACCACAAGUCCAAGAAGGGGCCCCCGCGCCAGGCCAAGUUCGCGGUGCACUGCAUCCACGCCAUCUUCUCCAGCAAGGAGACGCAGUUCGCGCAGAUCUUCGAGCCCCUGCACAAGAGCCUGGACCCCAGCAACCUGGAGCACCUGAUCACGCCGCUGGUCACCAUCGGCCACAUCGCCCUGCUGGCCCCCGACCAGUUCGCCGCGCCCCUCAAGUCGCUGGUGGCCACCUUCAUCGUCAAGGACCUGCUCAUGAACGACCGGCUUCCAGGGAAGAAAACCACGAAGCUCUGGGUCCCCGACGAGGAGGUGUCCCCGGAGACCAUGGUCAAAAUCCAGGCCAUUAAGAUGAUGGUGCGCUGGCUGCUGGGCAUGAAGAACAACCACAGCAAGUCAGGCACGUCCACACUGCGGCUGCUCACCACCAUCCUGCACAGCGACGGGGACCUCACGGAGCAGGGCAGGAUCAGCAAACCCGACAUGUCGCGCCUGCGCCUGGCGGCCGGCAGCGCCAUCGUGAAGCUGGCGCAGGAGCCCUGCUACCACGAGAUCAUCACGCUGGAGCAGUACCAGCUCUGCGCGCUCGCCAUCAACGACGAGUGCUACCAGGUGCGGCAGGUGUUCGCGCAGAAGCUGCACAAGGGCCUGUCGCGCCUGCGCCUGCCGCUGGAGUACAUGGCCAUCUGUGCGCUCUGCGCCAAGGACCCGGUCAAGGAGCGGCGCGCGCACGCCCGCCAGUGCCUGCUCAAGAACAUCACCGUGCGCCGCGAGUACCUCAAGCAGCACGCGGCCGUCAGCGAGAAGCUCCUGUCGCUCCUCCCCGAGUACGUGGUCCCCUACACGAUCCACCUCCUGGCCCACGACCCGGACUACGUCAAGGUGCAGGACAUCGAGCAGCUGAAGGACGUGAAGGAAUGCCUCUGGUUCGUCCUGGAGAUCCUGAUGGCCAAGAACGAGAACAACAGCCACGCGUUCAUCCGCAAGAUGGUGGAGAACAUCAAGCAGACCAAGGACGCGCAGGGCCCCGACGACACCAAGAUGAACGAGAAGCUCUACACGGUGUGUGACGUCGCCAUGAACAUCAUCAUGUCCAAGAGCACAACCUACAGCCUGGAGUCGCCCAAGGACCCCGUGCUGCCCGCCCGCUUCUUCACCCAGCCCGACAAGAACUUCAGCAACACCAAGAACUACCUGCCCCCCGAGAUGAAGGCCUUCUUCACCCCGGGAAAGCCGAAGGCGGCGAACGUGCUGGGCGCCGUCAACAAGCCGCUGGCGGCGGCGGGGAAGCAGGCGCAGAAGGCGGCGCGCGCGGACGCGCUCAGCAGCGCCAGCAGCGGCUCCAACCCCGGCUCCCCGGCCGCGCCAAGGGCAGGCGAGCUGGACAGCUCCGAGGUGGAGCACAGCGAGAACGAGGACUACACGCUGGCCGCGCCGCCGCCCGCCAAGAAGGGCGACAAGAGGGACGACGGCGAGCUGGCGGAGUUGGAGCGGCCCCGCGGCGGCGCCGGCGGCCGGAAGAAGGCGGCGUCGGGGGACGCCGAGGCCAAGCUGGGCCUGGACGAGCUGAGCGCGGCGGGACCCGAACCCCGGGCCAAGGCGGGCGGCGGCGGCGGCGGGGGCGCGCGGGGGGGCGCAAGCGGGGCCGCGGGGCCUCGGAGUCGGAGGAGGCGGCCAUGGCGGCGGGGGCGGGGCGGCCCGCGGGGGCCGAGGACGAGCAGAACAGCCCCCCCAAGCGCGGCCGGCGCGGGCGCCCCCCAAGCCGCCCCCGCCCGGCCCCGCCCCGCCCCCGCCGCCCCCCGCCCCGCGGCCCCCCAAGACGGCGCGCAGGAGGCCCGGGCGCGGGGAGGACGGCGAGCGCGAGGAGCGGCGCCCCGGGAGCACGGAGCGCGAGCGCGGCCGCCACCACCGGCCGCCCAGGGCCGCCCCCCCCAGGGCCGAGUCCCCCGAGUCCAGCGCCGUCGAGUCCGCGCAGUCCACGCCGCAGAAGGCGCGCGCCAGGCCCAGGGCGCCGUCGCCCCGCGGCCCAAGAAGAGCGGGCGCUCGGGCCGCCCGAAGCACGCGGCCAGCAAGGAGAACGACUCCAGCGAGGAGCUGGAGGCGCUGCAGGCCUCGGCCGCCAGCGACAAUGACGACGACGAGGACGAAGAGGACGAAGACGGCUCCGCGGCCGCCGCCCGACGGCGGAGCAGCAAGCGCGAGCGACGGUGAAGCCGGCGCCCCCUCCCCUCCCGCGUGGGACCCCACGGAGAGAGAGAGCGAGAGAGCGAGAACGAGCAGCAACCCGAGGGCCGCCCGCCCGCCCGCCCGCCGCGGGACCAUGACCCCGUGACCCCGGGGACUGUGACCCCGUGACCCCGCGGGCGCAGGACAGCCGCGUGGACAGUGGCUUCGGCCUGGACAGAGCCUCGCGCCCCCCACACCCCCUCCGGGGCGGCGAGCGAGCGAGCGAGCGAGCAGCCCGCAUCCCCCCACUUGACUGUGAACCUCCGGGUCGCCGCCCGCGUGGUCCCCGUGUCCCCCGUGUCCCCCCUCCCCGGCCACGCGGUCCUCGGCCCCCGGGGACCCCCCCCCGCCGCAGUAUUGACCCCCCAACCCCCGCCCCCACCAGCCCGCGACCGAGCAGAGAGGAAAGUAUUUUAACUGUAAAGACACUGACGGCCGCGGCCCUCCACCCCGCCGUCGCCGCCCUCCCCCUCGUCCCCCUCCUCCUCCUCCUCCUCCUCAUUCCUCCCCAUCCUCCUCACCCUCCUCCUCCCUUCCCUUGUCCUCCUCCUCCUCCCCCUCCUCCUCCCCAUCCUCCUCCUUCCCAUAUUCCUCCCCCUCCUCCCUCCCCUUCCUCCUCUUCCUCACCCUCUUCCUCCCCUCACUUCCCCCUCCUCCCCCCUCCUCCCCUACUCUUCUUCCUUCUUUUCCUCCCGCUCCUCCUCCUCUCCCUCCUCCCCAUCCUUUCUCUUCUCCCUCCUCUCCCCCCUCCUUCCUUCCUCUCCUCCUCCUCUUCUUCCUCCCCUUCUCCCUCCUCCCCCUGGUCCUCCUCCUGUCAAUAAAGUCACUUGAACGGCG